AUGUCCGACGCUUAUUGCAGGCGUGAGCCGCUCGUUCUAUACUUCUGGGGCUUGACGCAGGACCACCUUGUCUGGAAAAUGAAGGAAAGUAAAAUAGUCGGUUGAGUUGGUCGACUCCUUCCCAUCUGAUGACUCAUCCUGUCAUGCAGUUGUACAGACGUCGGCCGAGUUGGACUAAAAUGAGAGAUUAGCAGAAGGCAACUUCAGGCUUUCGAAGGGGGUUCAAAGGCCUCUGCCUCAAUCGUCCGACCCCCUCAAGAAGCUGUCUGUUUUGACAGGCCUACACAGUCGUUAAUUGAUAGUUCAUGAAAGCAAAUUUCGUUCUGAGGAGAACAUUGGUACCCUCACACAAGCGCAUGCUUAUCCUCUAGAGGUUCCCAGACCUCUUUACGACACAGGAUGGAAUCCAAGUACAUGGCGCAUCCAAGCUUGCUCGGAUCUAAGCACUUUUUUUCAUUCAACUCGAACUUGAAAGCCAUUAUUUCUUUUCCAUGAUUGCAAUUCCCUAAGGAACGUUCAUCGGAGACAUCAAGCGGAAACGCAGAGGUCGACCCAUCACGUCAUUGGAGUCGAUCUCCAUACCCCCUGCAAUAUCCCUUGUUUGAUAUCCGUUGUUUUUUGUGUAAGAGCGUUCCUUUUAAGGAACUCUCUGUCUUUUUUAUCAACUUGGCCUCUGCAAUCAAUAGAACCAAAAUCCCACGAGGAUGCGCCAAACACUCGACUUCCACUGGAAACGACCAGGGCAUUUAAAUGAGUACUAGGUGUAGGUGUGUGCAUACAAUCUAUCCUCGCACUGAUUUAAUCCAGCGAGAUCGGUCUGGAAGCAGUCUACUGCUUUCGGUGGGAAGUUGGAAGGCUUGGGUGGCAUGGAUGGAGACUCGGGUGCAUUGGAUAUCUUUUACAGGCCCAGGUAGUAGUGGCUGCUCGUGGAGACGGACGCAAGGCUGCAAAGCGAAGUUUGCACCGAAAGCCGCUGCAACCAUAAGUUAUCUUUUCCCCGAAACUGGUUCCAACUUGCAGUAAGAGGGAGUUUUAUGUCAAUCCAGAGAUGUACAGAUCCUUUUCCAACACCAGUACAUAUUAAGUUUUAUGUUACCCCUUCGGAUACUUUUUUGGCAGUAAAUUCUGCAGUUCUAUGUGAAGAAUGAACGCUCAGACUACUUUACACCUCCUAAAUGGUCAAUUCAAUGUGUAUUACGACUGGAACUAGCUUGCUUAAGUACAACUACUUGUUUUGAAGACGGUACGAAUUUGGAAAGUGCCGUUUUUUUCUAA